GUUAUUUAAUUUCAGUUAUUUCCAACCGUCUUGUUGUUUGGACACGUGGCUAUUAUAAAAUAUGGUUAAAAGUAUGAUGAGUGAAUGAGAUAAAAAAAUUGUUUAUCAGAGAUUUUAGAUGCGGGUCCCAUAAAUGUACAGCUGGAAAAAUUUUGAGGGAGCACUGAUGGGUGCUGAGGUGCGUGGGAGAGGAGCAGAGCCCAAGAAAGCAUCAGCCCGCUUCUAAUGGUGAAAUGGCGCCGACACACGCUUCCUUGCUGAGAGGAGAGAGAGGGAGAGAGAGAGAGGGAGGGAGAGUGAUAGGUGGGGAUUCCAUGUGAAGUGAUUAUACCCGAGAUUUACAACCCAAAAGGUAAAAGGAAGGGAGAGAGUUUUGGGAAUAAAUAAAGCUGAGAAGCUGAGGAGAGACAUGGCACAGCAGGAAGGGGAGAGAGAGAAUGUGAAACUCCUUCACAUGCAUCGUCUCUCUCUCUUUCUUUGUAGAUUUAUGUGUGUGAUCAGGGUUCAGAGUAUCUUCUUAGUGCCUCACGCUUAAUUUCAUGUAGAAGCCAGUGCACCCAGCUAUAAAAGGCAUGUCCCAAGGAGCUCUCACUUUGGAUAUGGGGACUUUGGCUAUUGACGAUGAUAUUGCAGGCUCAGAUCUUUACCUCGCCUUGGGACUAAAAGAAUUGGGCAAAGGGGUUAUAGGAACCCCUCGGGUUUUAUUGCUUCUUUCUUCUCUUCUUGAGAGAUCUGUUCAGAAAAAUGAGACAUUACUGGAGACAGCACAAAUUAAAGAUGCCAUUACAAUAUUUCAUGGCUCAAGAGCACCCACUCUGAGUGUUCGACAAUAUAUUGACCGCAUUUUCAAGUACUCAGGCUGUAGCCCAUCCUGCUUUGUUGUUGCACACAUUUAUGUGGACAGAUUCCUUCAACACACUGAUGCUCAUUUAACUUCCCUCAAUGUUCACCGGCUUCUAAUCACAAGUGUAAUGGUGGCAGCAAAGUUUAUAGAUGAUGCAUUCUUCAACAAUGCUUACUAUGCCAAAGUGGGGGGAGUAAGCACAGCAGAGCUGAACAGACUGGAGAUGAAGUUCUUGUUUAGUCUAGAUUUCAGACUUCAAGUUACGGUUGAGACAUUUAGGAGUUACUGUUCACAAUUGGACAAAGAAGUUGCUGGAGGGCUGCAGAUUGAACGGCCAUUCCAAGCUUGCGGGAUUAAAGAAAGCUGGUCAAGCAAAGAGGAUUCUUGUGCUUCCACAAUUGCAAGAUGAAGAUGCUCAAUCAUUUCAUUGUAUCAUUAAAAACCCAAGGUUUGCUAAAAUACAAUCAUGUUAGGAUCUGGAUGCUGAAUACGUACCUCAUGUGACUGCAACCAGUGUGCCUUAGAUUUUGUGUCUUUUUCUACACUAUGUGUUUUCCCUUGCAGGUUCCUACUCUUCUGAUGGUUUUUCCCUCUGUGGUUUUGAGUAUGUCCUUAAUACAAAUAAUGUAAAUACACAAUGAGGAACUUCAUUAGUAGAGAAUAGAUUGUUUAAA